ACACCAUUUUUCCGUCUAGGGUUUUUCCUCUUUACAUUUCUCCAAUCAGCUGCGACCCGCGAGGUUAAAGAGACGCCGCCGGUGUGUCCACCUUGACAGAGCUCCUGAAGCUUCGUCUUGGUCCUCGCUCUUCGUUGUUAGAAAUCCAUUUCCUCCGCCGCCGUACAGUUAGGGUUUAGUGUCUUCUCCGUUUGUUGUAGAAAUCUAGAAACAGACAGCGAAAAUGGUUGGGAAGCCGUCGAAAGCUGAUAAGAAGCUCGCCUAUGACUCCAAGAUGUGUCAGCUCUUGGACGAUUACAGCCAGGUCCUGAUUGUUGCUGCCGACAAUGUUGGAUCCACCCAGUUGCAGAACAUCAGGAAGGGUCUCAGAGGUGAUUCUGUGGUGCUCAUGGGUAAGAACACCAUGAUGAAGAGGACGAUUAGGGUUCAUUCUGAGAAGUCUGGGAACACGGCUAUUCUCAAUCUCCUCCCUCUCCUUCAGGGGAAUGUUGGUCUGAUUUUCACUAAAGGUGAUCUCAAGGAAGUCAGUGAGGAAGUGGGCAAGUACAAGGUUGGAGCUCCUGCUCGUGUUGGUCUGAUUGCACCAAUUGAUGUGGUUGUGCCUCCUGGAAACACUGGACUCGAUCCAUCUCAGACAUCUUUCUUCCAGGUCCUUAACAUUCCCACCAAGAUUAACAAGGGUACAGUCGAAAUCAUCACCCCUGUGGAGCUGAUUAAGAAGGGUGACAAGGUCGGUUCUUCUGAGGCUGCCCUGCUUGCCAAGCUUGGCAUCAGGCCAUUCUCUUAUGGUCUUGUGGUUGAAAAUGUCUAUGAUGAUGGAUCGGUCUUCAGCCCUGAGGUUCUCGAUCUGACAGAGGAUGCUCUCAUGGGAAAAUUCGCUUCUGGUGUGUCCAUGCUCACUGCCCUCUCACUUGCCAUUGCUUACCCCACACUUGCUGCUGCACCACACUUUUUUGCCAAUGCCUACAAGAAUGUCUUGGCCAUUGCUGUGGAGACCGAUUAUACCUUCCCCCAGGCAGAGCAAGUGAAGGAGUACUUGAAGGAUCCUAGCAAGUUUGCUGUUGCUGCUGCCCCUGCUGCAGCCAGUGGUGGUGCUACUGCCGCACCUGCUGCUGCCAAGGAAGAGGAGAAGAAACCAGAGCCAGAAGAAGAGUCCGAUGAAGAUGGUUUGGGCUUCAGUCUGUUCGACGAUUAAGUUUCCCCGACCCAGUUAUCUUUUUGUAGUACCCCUAAAGUUUUGGUGUCUGGUUGAUACUGUUGGAUUCUAUUUUAAUUUUAGCUGUGCACUGUUUUCUUUUUGCUGUUGAAAGUUGAAACGUUUUAAAUGGUUUUACUAGUUUGUAAUCGAAUGCUGUUUUAUUUGCUUUAUCGAAUCUUGUCUCUUGCAGUCUUGCUUCAUGGUUGCUACUAUUGUUUCGAAAUGAAAGUUUCGAAAUGUUGGGUUCACGGAUGGUGAUCGAAAUUGACCAAUUCACAGCCAUCUUUUUUUAACUUCCCAGGUGAUUAGUGGCUUUCUCUUUUGUUCGUGGGUUGUGGAAAUUCCCAAGUGAAAGUAAAUUAUCAAGGAGUUAAGGUUAAUG